AUGCCACCCCUCCCCGGAUUCUCAGACAACCCGCUCGCCAGCCGCACAGACCUGAUCCGCGCAGCAGCAGCAAUAAUCAAGCCCCUCCACGCCCACUUCUCACCAGACCGCGCACUCAUCCGCCUCCCCAUCUCAACAGGAACCCACUUCGACGAGCGCGCAGCCCAAUUAGAAGGGUUCGCCCGUCCACUAUGGGUUGUAUCUACCUUACUCCAGGCUGCACGAGCACCUCCUACCCCAGGAAAUGCGAGCGAGAACCGUCUUGGCACUUCGGAUAAAGAAGCCCUCCACACCUUAUGCCAGCCCUGGAUCCAAGGCAUAGCAACCGGAACAGACCCCUCACACGCUGAAUACUGGGGCGCAAUAGCCAACGGCGACCAACGCAUGGUCGAAGCCGAAGUCAUCGCCUGCGCGCUCCUCUUCGCACCAGACGAUUUCUUCCACAGCCAGAGCGCGCGCGUACGCGAGAAUAUCACCGCCUGGCUGCGCGGGAUGAAUGGGAAGGAUAUGCCGCUGAACAACUGGCGGUGGUUUCGUGUAUUCUCGAAUCUGGCAUUAGUUCUUGUAUGUGGGAUCUCCCAUUCCCAGGUGCAGGCGGAGAUGGAGGGGGAUUUUGCGGUUCUGGAUUCGUUUUAUCUGGGGCAGGGAUGGUCCGGGGAUGGGCCGUGGUUGACGGGUGAGCAGGAAAUCGAGGAGGAAGAGAGGUGUGUGAGGACGAGGCGGCGGGAUUGGAUUGGAUGUGGGAGACAGGUUGAUUAUUAUUCGGGGAGUUUUGCGAUUCAGUUUAGUCAACUGCUGUACGCGAAGUUUGCGGUGGGUUUGGAUCCGGAGAGGGCGAGGAGGUAUUGGCAGCAGGCGCGCGAGUUUGGGGGGCAGUUCUGGAGGUAUUUCGAUGAGACAGGCGCUGCUAUUCCGUUCGGUCGAUCGCUCACGUAUCGCUUUGCGUGUGGUGCGUAUUUUGCUGCGCUAGCUGUUGCUGACGUGCCUGAUAUGCCUGCGCCGCUGGAUUCAAACGGAGCAGUCAAGGGUUUCCUACUGCGUCAUCUUCGGUGGUGGACAGAGCACUCACAAGAUAUCUUCUAUCCCGAUGGGACGAUGAACAUUGGGUAUCUGUAUCCAAACAUGUACAUGUCCGAAGACUACAACUCGCCGCAGUCAGUCUACUGGGCGCUGAAAUCCAUGAUUCCCCUUCUCUUGGGAGAGCAGCACGCGUUCUGGACCACGCCAGAGUGUGCAUACCCAGCCACCACUUCCGCAGCCCUAAUCGCCCAACCCACCCAGAUCAUCAGCAACCAUCCAGAAGGGUCUCACCACUUCCUGCUCUCAGCGGGUCAAUUCGUUGCGUGGCCUAUGAAAGCCAGCCAGGCAAAAUACUGCAAAUUCGCAUACUCGUCGUCCUUCGGCUUCAGCGUCCCAACCGGUUCCCUGAUCCAGCAGAUCGCACCGGACAGUACACUCGCGCUGAGUCGAGACGGAGCGGCAACGUGGACGGUAAAGUGGAAGUGCUCGUUGCCCAAGUUUGGAACUGCUUCUGUAGCCGGUGAAACUGUUCCAGUCGCUCAUGUUGAGUGGCGCCCUUGGACAGAUGGGGGCGUUGUUGUAACGACGACGCUGAUUCCCCCGACGGCGCGCUGGCCGGAUUGGCAUACCAGGGUUCACCGAAUUAGACUAAAUCCAGGGCAGUCGAGUUUGGGAUCUCUUCACUUUGUUGAAGGCGGUUUUGCCAUUUCCAGGCUUCCGCGCGACGAUAGCAAGAAUAGAGUCCUGCCGGUAUUCUCAAAUGAGGAUGUUCUUUUGCGAGAUCUCAAUAUUGGCACUGGUGAGGGGAUAUAUGCAUCUGAUGCCAAAACUCUCGUGCUCUCGCAUGCUGGGGCUAGCGGUAUAGUGGGAACGGCUUGUCGUGACGGCGAUGUUUUAAUCGACCAUGAGGCGAUGAAGCCUGAUUCGAAUACUAAUAUCAUGGUGCAGCGCACGUUGAUCCCUGUUACGAGGGGCGAAGCGUUUGAUGUCUCGGCGAGCGAGGAGAUUGUGCUGGUCACGAACGUGUUUGCCGUUUCGGCUUUAGGAUGGGGGAGAGGAAAGCGGACUCUGCGCGAGAGAUGGUUGGAUAUGCCGAGGAUAUGUUGGAAAGAAGAGAAGUUGACGGAGACUGAGGAUGUGAUUAUUCUAGACCUAUCUAACCAUGCUUAG